GAGGCGCUGCCCGGGCGGAGCGGGAGCGUGCGGGGAGCCGGCGGCUCCCAUGUGCAGGGCUCGGCGGGGUCCCCGCUCGGCUGCGGCGGCGCCCGGGCCAUGGCUGGCGGGGCCCCUGCUCGGAUGCCAGUGACAUUUGAGGACGUCACUGUCUAUUUCACCCUUGAGGAGUGGGAGAAAUUGACAGAAUGGCAGAAGGCGCUGUACUGGGAGGUGAUGAGGGAGAAUUAUGAUCAUCUGAUUUCACUAGGGUAUCCAGUUCCCAGAGCUGCUUUUGUGUCGCUGAACAAUCCGGAGGAAGAGCCAUUGCUCUGGGAGCAUCAGGAUCUGGAAGAAAUAGAAUUACCUGAGACAGCUGAUUUCAGGCUCCUAAUUAAGGAGGAUGAGGAUGAUAAGGAAACUGCUGAGAACCUGGGACAACUCGAGACACCGUUCAGAGACCCGGGAAAGGAAUAUAAUUUGCUUUUUUCUAUCCAGGGCAGCCUUGCUGUGAGGAGCAGACACAAACGAGCUGAAGGCCACCGGAAAGGAAAGCACGUUGGAACCACAAACCCACAGCAGCUCAGUCCAGAUGAGAAACCUCACAAAUGUAGCGAAUGUGGGAAAAGCUUCCAGAAGCGCGGGAAUCUGAAACGCCACUUUCGGACGCACAGCGGGGAGAGACCCUACCCCUGCCCGGAGUGUGGAAAGAGCUUUCGCCAAAAGCGCCAUCUGGUAACGCAUCAGAGAACCCAUUCAGGGGUGGCGCCGUAUAACUGCCCCCAGUGCGGGAGGAGCUUCAGCACGUCUGCCCGCUUUAAAACACACCAGAGCACCCACCUGGGAGAGAGGGCGAUUCAUUGCAGCGAGGGCGGGGAAGGCUUCCAGACACGCAGGGUUCUUCAGGUUCACCAGCGAACUCACGCUGGGGAGGAGCUGCACUUGCCUAAUGACUGUGGGAGAAGUUUCAGCUGUAAGCAAACCCUUAGGGUGCACCAGAGAAUUCACGCUGGAGAGAAACCGUACAGAAGCCCUGGCUGCGGGGAAAGCUUUUGCACGUCCGUGCCUCUCAAACUGCAGCAGCAGAUCCACAUGGGGGAGCGGCCCCAUACGUGCGACGAGUGUGGGAAAAACUUCCGGAAGAGCGAGCACCUGAAGCGGCACAAUCGGAUCCACACAGGGGAGCGACCCUUCGCGUGCACGGCGUGCGAGAAGAGCUUUGUCCAGAAGCAGCACCUGGUGAAGCACCAGAGGAUCCACACGGGCGAGCGGCCCUAUCUGUGCAAUGAGUGCGGGAAGAGCUUCCGGUUACGCAGGGAUCUCGGCAUUCACCAGCAAACCCACACAGGAAAGAGGCUCCACGUGUGUGAGGCUUGCGGGAAGAGCUUCAGCCACAGGCAGUCGCUCGUGAGACACGCGAGAACUCACGCCGGGGGGAGCACCUACACGUGUAACGACUGCGGAGCAGGCUUCGCGGUGCACAAGCAGCUCCAAGAGCAUCGGCAAAGUCACGCUGCGCAGAAGGCCUCCGAGCACACCUGCAGUGAGUGUGGGAAGGGCUUCCGGAGGAGCGAGAACCUGAAGCGCCAUUUUCACAUGCACACAGGGGAGCGCCCGUUCCUCUGCACCGAGUGCGGGAAAAGCUUCAUCCAGAAGCAGCACCUGGUGACGCACCAGAGAACCCACACGGGCGAGCGGCCCUACCUGUGCAGUGAGUGCGGGAAGAGCUUCAGCACCGGCGAGUGCCUGAAGAUCCACCGGAGAACCCACACGGGCGAGCGGCCCUACCUGUGCAGCGAGUGCGGGAAGAGCUUCCGGACACACCGGGUGCUGAAAGUUCACCAGCAAACUCACACCGGGGAGAGUCCCUUCAUCUGCUGCGACUGCGGCAAGAGCUUUCGGCACAAGCAGUCUCUGGUGACGCACCAGAGGACGCACGCUGGCGAGAAGCCCUACAGCUGCACCCUUUGCGGAGACGCCGUCAGGACUCUCCAGCUCCUCAGGAUGCAUCAGCACCAGCACACAGGGGUCCGGCUUUACACCUGCAGCGAGUGCGGGAAGAGCUUCCAGAAGAGCAAGAACUUGAAACGCCACUGUAAGACUCACACGGGGGAGAGACCUUACUCGUGCACCCAGUGUGGAAAGGGCUUCAUUCAGAAGCAUCAUCUCCUCAAGCACCAGCGAACCCUCCACGGGGACAGAGCACAUGUGGGUGGGGGAUACGCACCCGUCUGCCCCCAGGGUGAACGUCUGCAGUGUCCCCUGGAAACCCACUUGCACACGGAGGAGCUGAGUGGGGAGCUCCCAUUCCGGGUGGUCAUUGUCGAGGACUUUCCUUUUCCUGGCAAUGAGGCACCGGGGUAAUAGCCUAUCUGGAAGGAGAUGGCAGAUGAACAUCUCAAGCAUUGGGAACUGAAUCCAGGAAAAUCUCCUGGGUGAGUGAAGAUCAACAAAAAGAUAUUGGAGAUUCUCCCAAUUGCUGUGAACAUCUAACGAGCCACAAGAAAUCCAGGGUAACCAUCUACCCCUUUUAAAUAUGGGGAGAUGUAGAAACACAUAUCUGGGGAAAAACUCCUCAGCAAAGUGGCCGCCUUAUGGACUUAGGAAUGGAAGGAAUUCUUUCAGGUGUAUGAACUUCUGCUCAGCCAGGGAAGGCUGUCAGAGAGCGACUUUCAGAAACAAGCAAUGAACUGUUCAGCACAAGGGAGCCCACACAGGAGAGAGGCCAGAUCGAUGGGUGUAUGACUGGAGAUCACUGAGCAGAGUAAUAACCAAAGGAAGGAGACGAGAUGUCUAGCGUGGUGAAGGGGGAAUCAUUGCAAAUAACAGGCGGACACGGAGCAAUGGUAAAUGUCGGCUGAAUCUCAGUCCUACUUGUCUGUGACACGGUCUCCCAGAGGAAGCUGAGGAAGCCCCAAAGCUGGGACCUUUUACAAGAAGAUUGAGCAAAGCCUGGGGGAGUGGUGCUGCCAUGGCGAAGGGGAGGAGCGGUUAGGGUGACCAGACGUCUCGAUAUUCAGGUGUUUGUCCCACGUUCUGACCGAUCUUUGUCCCAAUAUUUUUUGCUCUGCCGGCAGCACUUGGCUCUUUUUUUUUUUUUUUUUGCUUUGCUGGUGGACUCCCUCCCCUGCCCCUUGUGUCCCGAUAUUUUCUCCCUCUCAUCUGGUCACCCUGGGAGUGGUUGAGGUGGCUUAAUAUGUGUCUCGUGUUCAGCUGCAAAAUCAAGUUAUCAUCCACAGCAGACCAGUGAAGGGAGAAACCAGGACUCAAGUACAACAGCUGGAAAUGAAAACCAGACCCAACCCACCUGUUCGAGGGGAUGCCCAGGUAAGGCCAGAUCCUCAGCUGGUGUGAACUGGUGUCGCAACAGUGACCUCAAAGGCGCUAUCCCAGUUCACACCAGCUGAGGAUCAGGCUGUCCUUCAAAGUGGUGCCCAGAGGAAGGACGUGAGUGGAUUUGCUGUUUGACAACGCUCCAAGUAAUGGCCCUGCAAAUUUCAGAAAUGCUCCUGAGAAUGAGUCCUCCUCAAAUCUAUAGGCCAAAGGCAUCCCUGAUGUAAAUAUCCUGACUUCAGUGGCAAUACACCAGUGGUUUGUUUGGCCCUUGGUCUCAUGCUAUAAACAGGAGAUGAAGCAUUGCCAGUGUUUGCGUGUAUUUCACUACUUAAAGAAACAAGCUGCGUGGGCUGUCGCAGACAGGCCAACCAAUUGUCCAGCCUUGGGUACAGGAUAUCCCAUGUGCUUUGUUUCAAGGCAGUUCUAUUAGAAACGUACCAAAGUUUAUCUGGAGAAAAGACCCGACGGGGGGUACAGAUGGGUUUUGUUUCUUUCAUCGUGUCCAUCGUGGAGCACCCUGAAGGGUCAAGUAGGAACACACCCAGUAACCCCCCCAAGGGCUGAAGAAAGCUCCUUGCCCCAGCAGGUGCAGAGGGAGCCUCGUGAAGCAGGUUCCCGCAGGCCGGUUACAAGAGCCCCGCUUGUGAUGCUGAGCUCAUGGGAUAAAGCUGGGAGGCGGGCAUUAGCCAUCUAGAGAUGUGGGGCUGGGCUGCUCGUGGCGCGGGGCGUUCUGCCCGCCUGCCGAUGCCCAGGAGAGCAGGCAGCACCGCCUGGGAGGUGCAGCUUCUGGAAAAGAAAUCCACGUGAGAGGUCAGCGCUGCCCACCAGCAGGGGAGGUGGGCAGAGGAGGGAGCAGGCAUUGGAGGCUCCCGGACUUCUACGGGCGCUGUGCAAGAGAGGGCCAAUAAACAGACUGCCCUCAACAGGAGUUGUGGCUGAAUUUUGUCCAGCAGGUCUAACAGCGAGAGCAUUGCGGGGGAAAUUCAGCCCAUGCAGAUGGCCUA